GCUAUCGGAGCACCCUACGAAGAUGAUGGAACAGGUGCCAUAUAUAUCUAUCCAGGAAUUGGAAAAUGUAAAUGCGAAAUGAAGGACCCGUUCACCCAAAGAAUAGCUGGUCGUGAUCUUGACAUUGGUUUACGAUCGUUUGGCUGGAGCAUGUACGGUGAUGAAGAUAUUGAUGACAAUUCUUACCCAGAUUUCGCUGUUGGAGCGUAUGAAUCAGACACUGUGUUGAUGUUUAGAGCGAGGCCAAUAGUCAAUGUUGUCGUUGAAAUUGAAAUGACUCCAAAUCCAAUACCUUUAACUGGUUCCCUUUUAACAUGUUCCACCGAUAAUGAAUCUCUCUGCUUCACUGUUAAAGUCAAGUUCCGUUUUGACUAUGCCGGGAGUAGGAAAGGAAAAGUGGACAAUGUCUACCUGAAUUGGACAUUCGAUUCUGACACUUUACAUAAGAGCAAAGAAGGAUGGAGUAGGGUUUCAUUUACAUCUUUUGAUAAACAGGACAUUAUUACUGAGAACAUUACACUCUCCGGACCCAGGGUAUACAAUAAAACGUAUAUAAUGAACGUGAAGAGGCAUAGAGGAAAACCGGAACCGAAAGAUCCCUGGACAAAUGUUCGCAUGGAAGGACGUUUUGAGCUAAUACCUUCUAGGGAAGACACUUUUGAUGACCUUGAUCCGAUCCUUUCGAAAGACGUUAAUACGCUGAUCAUUGAAGAUACUAAAUUUGACAAGAAAUGUGAUAUCAGCACGUGUACAUCCGACCUUAGACUUCAAGUAGAAAUGUUUCUGCUUAGAGAUGGCGUUGUACCUACACAUGUCCUUGAUGAUACUGUUUUAUACGUUGAUGCAGCUAACAUGUUACAGGUAACGACUGACGUACUGAAUCUUUUGAAUUCAUCUUACAGAGCUAACGUAAGUGGAGAGGUUUCAGCAUUGAUGAAAAGAGAUGUAAUUUCGAACACUGACCUGAUAGGAGCAAGUUGCAAGUACGAAUCUCCUCACCAAACCAGCACGAUUGUAAAUUGUACCGCAGACAGUAGGCUAGAUAGAAAUGAAAACAUGAAGAUCAAGAUGUACUACGAUAUAAGUAGGCAGUGCCUUAUUCCAGGAAUGGACCUUAAUAAAAUGAAGGAAGGCGUACAUAUUUCUAUGCUUGCUGACCAGGCUAAUUUAGACGUUGACACUAGCAACAAUGACUUCAAAAGAACAAUUUUAGUGAAGCUGAAAUAUGCUGUACAUAUACAGGCAGACAAAGAAAAGUCCGAUCAGGUAAGAUACAAGGCUGACGAAAAGAGCACACAUAUGCUUCGUUUGAUUCAUAGAUACGUCGUUACAAACGAAGGACCUAGUUUUCUUCCGAAGACAUACGUUAACAUAACAAUACCACUGGCAAAGGAAGAUGCAGAGUUUGUUAGAAUUGUGGAAUUGCCUUCUGAAUGUGUGUACAACGGAACAAUUGUAUUUGAGACUUCUACACAAGCAUCAUCUACGGCGAAAGCAACAAAAUUCUCACUUCCUCCUGACACAAAACCAGAAACGAGACGAAGAGAAGCGGAACAAUCGGCACAAAGUGCGAAAAGUACUGGAGAGAAAUCAGAACCGACAUCCAAAGCUAUGAAUAUAACAUGCAACGACGACUUUUCUUGUGAGGUAAUAGAAUGUGAAAUACUAAAUUUGGAACACAAUAAACAACACAUCAUUUAUAUCAAACUAGAUGUUUUUGAAAAUAAACUUGCCAAACAAAAGGAAUUUCUUGAAAUACAUUACGCAACAUACGCAACCGUUACUGAUCCGUUUAUAUGGUAUGGUGGAAAAGUUGUUCCGUGGAAUAAAACUGUGUAUGCUGAGAAAUGGACAACGUUUGUUGUAGAACUUACAUCUGAUGUAUCCGUGAUGGUCAUUAUGGAUUAUUAUGGUGGUGGAUCGAUGGGGAUUAUAAUAGGAAGUGUUUAUGGUGCCCUUGCUGUUCUUGUCAUUAUUAUCAUAAUUCUUAAGAAGUGUGGAUUCUUUGCACGGAAGAAACACAAAGAGGUCCAAGAAUGGAAGCGCGCCACUUUAUACAACCGUAAGAGUGUCAGAUUGUCAAAUAACGAAACACAACCUUAUUCCGCAAUUGAGGAGACAGAAACUUAACUUACUAGUGUGCAUGCACAUUUAUUACGUCAGUUGAAAUGCUAGUCUUUAAAUUCGUCCUAAUUGAGUGGUUUUGUUUUAAUUUGAUACAAUUUUCGUAAAUAAACUGUAGAUACAUUU